AUGCCGGCUCUGCCAGCACUGCUGCUGUCGAUUUACGCCGUCGCCUCGCUGCUGACCAUGGCGCCGCUCUCCUUCAGCCAGGCCAACACCCUCUCUGCCCUUCGCAUGGCGGCCAUUUUGGAUGACCAGUCUGUGUGUGGUCGCGGUGAACGUCUGGCGCUGGCUCUGGCGAGGGAGAAUAUCAACAGUUUGAUGGAGGGCUCCUCCCAGGCGAGGGUGGAGGUGGAUGUCUAUGAGCUGCAGAAGGACUCCCAGUACGACACCACCGACACCAUGUGUCAGAUCCUGCCGAAGGGUGUGGUCUCUGUGAUUGGCCCCGCCUCCAGCCCCGCCUCUGGGUCCACCAUCAGUCACAUCUGUGGGGAGAAGGAGAUCCCUCACGUGAAGAUCGGUCCUGAGGAAACGCCCAAGCUGCCGUAUCUCCGUUUCGCCUCGGUGACGCUCUACCCGAGUAACGAGGACCUGAGCCUGGCUAUCGGCUCCAUCCUGCACUCCUUCGGCUACCCGACAGCCAGCCUGAUCUGUGCCAAAGCAGAGUGUCUGCUGCGAUUGGAGGAGCUGGUCCGCCGCUUCCUCAUCUCCAGGGAGACGCUGUCGGUGCGCAUGCUGGACGACAGCCUGGACCCCACCCCCCUGCUGAAGGAGAUACGCGAUGACAAAGUGGCCACAAUCAUCAUUGACGCCAACGCCUCCAUCUCGUACCACAUCCUCAGGAAGGCUAACGAGUUGGGGAUGACGUCGGCCUUCUACAAGUACAUCCUCACCACCAUGGAUUUCCCACUCCUGCGACUUAACGAUGUGGUGGACGAUCAGUCAAACAUCGUGGGCUUCUCCAUGCUGAACAUCAGCCAUCCUUUCUACCUGGAGUUCAUCAGGAGCCUCAACCUGUCCUGGAGGGAGGGCUGCGACGUCAGCCCGUACCCGGGACCCGCGCUGUCGUCAGCAUUGAUGUUCGACGCCGUUCACGUGGUGGUGAGCGCCGUGCGAGAGUUGAACCGCAGUCAGGAGAUCGGCGUGAAGCCGCUGAGCUGCACCUCCCCGCUCAUCUGGCAGCACGGCACCAGCCUCAUGAACUACCUGCGCAUGGUGGAGUACGAUGGUCUGACGGGUCACAUCGAGUUCAACAGCAAAGGCCAGAGGACCAAUUACACCCUGAAGAUCCUGGAGAAACACCCUGCAGGCCAUAAAGAGAUUGGCAUUUGGUACUCCAACAACACGCUGGCCAUGAACUCCACCUCCCUGGACCUCAACGCAUCAGAGACGCUGGCCAACAAGUCUCUCAUCGUCACCACAAUACUGGAAAACCCUUACGUGAUGCGCAAGUCCAACUACCAGGAGUACCAGGGCAACGAUCAGUAUGAGGGCUUCUGCGUGGACAUGCUGCGGGAGCUGGCGGACAUCCUGAAGUUCUCCUUUAAGAUUAAGCUGGUGGACGACGGGCUGUACGGAGCGCCAGAGCCCAACGGCAGCUGGACCGGCAUGGUGGGGGAGCUCAUCAACAGGAAAGCGGACCUGGCGGUGGCCGGCUUCACCAUCACGUCGGAGAGAGAGAAGGUGAUCGAUUUCUCCAAACCCUUCAUGACUCUGGGCAUCAGCAUCCUGUACCGGGUUCAUCUGGGUCGUAAGCCGGGCUACUUCUCCUUCCUGGACCCGUUCUCUCCGGCUGUCUGGCUCUUCAUGCUUUUGGCUUACCUCGCCGUCAGCUGCGUCCUCUUCCUCGCAGCCAGGCUCAGUCCCUAUGAAUGGUACAACCCUCACCCGUGUUUGCGGGAGCGGCGGGACAUCCUGGAGAACCAGUACACGCUGGGGAACAGCCUGUGGUUCCCGGUGGGCGGCUUCAUGCAGCAGGGCUCCGAGAUCAUGCCGCGGGCGCUGUCCACGCGCUGCGUCAGCGGAGUCUGGUGGGCUUUCACCCUCAUCAUCAUCUCGUCCUACACGGCCAACCUGGCAGCAUUUCUCACAGUCCAGAGGAUGGAGGUGCCCAUCGAGUCUCCGGAUGAUCUGGCGGACCAGACCAACAUCCAGUACGGCACCAUCCACGGAGGCUCCACCAUGACCUUCUUCAUGAACUCACGGUACCAGACGUACCAGCGGAUGUGGAACUACAUGUACUCCAAGCAGCCCAGCGUGUUCGUGAAGAGCACAGAAGAGGGCAUCGCCCGCGUCCUCAACUCCAAGUACGCCUUUUUGAUGGAGAGCACCAUGAACGAGUACUACCGCAGCCUCAACUGCAACCUCACGCAGAUUGGAGGACUGCUGGACACCAAAGGAUACGGCAUCGGCAUGCCUCUGGGCUCUCCGUACAGAGACGAGAUCACUCUGGGAAUCCUGCAGCUGCAGGAGAGCAACAGGCUGGAGAUCCUGAAGAGACGCUGGUGGGAGGGAGGACAGUGCCCCAAAGAGGAGGAUCACAGGGCCAAAGGGCUCGGCAUGGAGAACAUCGGCGGGAUCUUCGUUGUUCUGAUUUGCGGCCUCAUCAUCGCCGUCUUCGUGGCCAUCAUGGAGUUUGUGUGGUCGACACGCCGCACCGCCGAGACAGACGAGGUACACCAUCACAAACACACACACACGCUGGUUUCCGUCUGUCAGGAGAUGCUGACGGAGUUCCGGAAUGCCGUAUCCUGUAAGAAGAAUUCCAGAUCCCGUCGCCGCCGGCCCCUGACCAGCACUGGGGGCGGAGUCCUACGUCACCCGUCCCGCCUGGCUCUGGCCGGUCCCCGCCCCAUCCGUCUGAUUCGUGAGAUGCGUCUCAGCAACGGGAAGCUGUACAGUGGCGCCGGCCCAAUGACGGGCGGGUUGGCAGGGGUCGGGGGAGGGAUGGGAGGAUGCCCCGAUCUGGGCCCGGGGCCACAGAGGCUCCUGGAGGACACGCUGGGCACCAACACCUCUACCGCUACCCCCCCUCCUGCGUCUGCCCUGGUGGCUCCGCCCGCCCCCCCGCGCAGCUUCCUGCAGGCCUGCAGUCACGUACGCAUCUGCCAGGAGUGCCGGCGGAUCCAGAGCCUGCGACCGGCCACGCUUACCCCACCCCCACCCCCUCCA